AUGGAAAAGCUCGGUGCUUCAUUCACGUCUUUCUAUGGCGGAGCAAGACAUGUUCUGCUCUCUCUCGUUACAUCCUCCAACUCACCUAAGUGCACCAGCUUCCCUUGGGGACGCCUGUUCGAUGUUGACCAAAGAAACCCUCUCAAGACAAGCGACGCUCUCCAACGAAUCCGUCAUCGCAUCUACUCGUUCGUUUGGUCUCAAGACCGUCAAGACCCAGACGAUGGAGACUUCAUCGUGACUCGCUGGGGUGUCCGUCGCAACCUCAGCCGUCACUACCCUCGAUCCUUCAUUGAUGUUCGCCAUGGCCUAACUCUCCUCCACCACGACACCGGACUCCUCUUCGCCAAUGCCGCUACCUCCAAGGACUUCACCGAGUACAUCUACGGCGUGAGCAAGGUCGAGAUUCCCAUCACAGCCACGUACGACACCAUUCAAAGCGUCCAAAACGGCGGAUGGCGCCCUCACGACGACGAGGACAUGCUAGUGCACAACCUCUACACCAACAAGCGCCAUUUUGAAGAACACGCCAAAAACGUCGACGUAGUCAUCAUUUUCCAAGAAAUCACAAACGACGGAGCCUUCUACGACGCAGACAUGCACCUCGAUGAAAUCCGUUAUGUCCUCAACUACUGGGACAUUGGUGCCAAGGGUGGUGAGCUCCGCGUCAUUGUCAACUACGCUACCAAUCACGUCACAGAUCUCGAGCUCGAAACCGCUGCGUUUCCAUUCUUUCCUUUGGCUUUUACUGGCUAG